AUCUUCGGGAGGAGCCGCAGCCCGCCUCAGACCCCGCCUCCACCCCCCAAGCGGCCGGAGAGCUGGGAGCAUGCGGGCCCCAGUGCGGCGGAGGAGUCCGAGGAGGGUGACAUGUACGAGGUGCCCCCCUGUGAGAGCCAAGCCUGGAAGGUGGCUCCAGCCAAGAGGCAGGAGGACACGGACGGCACCUACCUAGAUCAUGCCACUGCCCGGCGCUGCUCGGAGCCCUUUGCCCUCCUGCCGGCCAAGUUCCUGUCAAAGCUCAGCCUGGUGCCUGGCACAGACGCUGGCAAUGGAGAGGAGAUGCCCCAGGGCCUGGCCUGCGGGAAAGGUCAGGACAGAACCCGGGCGAAGCUCCCCCCAGCUCCCGGCAGUCGCCGGGUCUCCCUGCCCAUCCCCGUUCCGAGGCCCCCGCCGACGCCUGCCGGCCCCGCUGCACCCCGGGAUCCCGGCCCGACCUCGUGGGACGACAAGGAGGGACCCCCAGAGGAGCAGAUUUACCUGGUGUGUGAGCCGUCGAGCCCACCUCCCUGCAGGAUGACUCGCGCCCUGAUGCCCCCGCUCGGCCAGGUGCCCCCGCCAAAGCCCCCAAAGCUGUCCAAGCCGAAGAUCGCCCUGCCUGGGGCCCACCAGAGCCUGGCUGAUUCCUCCCCCGAAGCCUCGAGCAAAGCCCCAGCCUGGCCCAGGGGCAGUGGCUCCCCGGUGGAGGAUCCUGGCAUGCAGGACCAGGCCUGGUACGCGGGGAGCUGCGACCGGCACCAGGCGGAGAGCAUCCUGCAGGGGGUCAAUAAGGACAGCGCGUUCAUGGUGCGACAGAGUUCAGGGCAGGGCUGGAACCAGCCAUUCACCUUGGCCGUGCUGUACAAGGGCCACGUCUACAACAUCCCCAUCCGCUACGUGGAGAGCAGCCGCCAGUACGCGCUGGGCAAGGACGGGAAGAGCCGCGAGGAGCGGUUCGACAGCGUGGCCGGCAUCAUCCAGCACUACCGUGAGCACCCCCUGGUGCUGAUCGAGGGCAGCUCCGCCUCCAGGGCGCACACCUGCCUGCUCUUCCCCGUCAAGCCCUGAGGGCCGGGGACAGGCUGGGGGCCCAGCUGCGGCCACCCCCCAGCUCUGCCGUGUGGGACGCGAGGCUCUCUGCACUGGCCGCUCCGGGGCGGACAGCAGGGGGCGCCAACGCUGCAGGAGUCCCCCGUGCUGGGCCAUGCAGCCCCCGCAGGGGACAGGGCUUGGGGGGCUGGGAGCUCCCCCCUUCCUGCUGUGGCGACUCCUGCUUUCCCCUCUGGGGGGGCCCCUGUUGGGGUGGGGCUUUCAGAGCCUUUGGGUUGCUCUGGGUCUCACUUGGCCUUUUGCUCACGGUGGGAUCUCCAAGCCUGCAGGGCUCGCCCGUGUCAGUAACCGGGGGGAUGCGCCUGGGGCCGCCUCCUGGAACCUGUUUGCUGCCAUCGGCCCCUCCGGGUCGCGGGCUGGGACCUUUCCAGAGCUUUCCGCUCUGUGCUGGGACUCCCCGGCCUUGGCCUCGCCCCAACAGCUAAUCCAGACAAGUGUGGGGGAGGGGGAGACUAGCUGCAUCAGGUGCUGGGCUGUGACCCAGGAGGCAGCGGGUUCGAUUCCUGCCACUUCCCCUCUCGGUGCCUCAGUUUCCCUUUCCAGCAUUGUCUAGUUAGCCCCGCCCACAGACCGCUCCAAGCCCGAAUCGUGGUCUGUGGCUGCGCAGCGCCCAGCACAACAGGGCCCUGAGCUCAUUCUCCAGGGGUCCAGGCCGUGCCCAGCACCAUGGGCCCCCUUUGGACCUCCAGGCCUUAGCCCCACGAUUGAAGGACACAGGCCUGACUGUUGGCCCCUGCCGGCCUGAGACCCCCCAGCCUGCUCUGCCACCCGGUGUCCAGUGGGUUGCAGAUGGGGCUAUGGCCGGAUGCUCCAGGCGGGGCUGAGCGCCGGGGAGCUGGGCCGUGGGCACUGACAGAGGACCCUUGACCCAGCCCUUUGGCUCCUGCGGGGCCAGGUGAGGUCAGAAAGCCCAGGAGAGUUGGGCCCAGGCAGGUUGUGGAAGGGAGACCUGCAGGGAGCGGAGUGGGGGGCUCAGUAGGGGGCAGUCAGGGCUGGCCAGAGGGAGCCCCUCCCCGCCCCCGCUCAUUGACCCAUCGGGGCCCCAGUCACUAGAGUCUGUGAUGAGCUACAAGGGGGUGGGGAGGUUGCAGCAGCCCCUUCGCUGCAGACAAUGCACCUGCCCCCCCGAAUUCCAGGACUCAUGGCCAGCGCGCGCCCUCUCCCCCCCCCAUUCCUGGGCUUGUGGCCGGCAGGAGAGGGGCUGGGACCCCAAGGGGGCCGGAGUGGGGCAGCCCCACGCAAUGCCCACACAAACCACCAGGGGCCCUCGGCAUCCAGGAGCUGGGUGUCCCUGGCCACAGCUCCUUCCCCUGGCCACAGAGAGCCCCCGGGCCCUGCCUCUGGAUCCAGCAUCUCCCCCUGCCCCAGAGCCCAUUCCCUGCCCCCUCAUCUUGCCUGGGGGCGUUAGCGGAGGCCCUGUCCCACCCCAGCCCUCAUGGUACCCGCCAGGCUUCUCGCUGCUGGGCAAGGCCCCUAGAGCCUGGGGCAGGGAGAUGCAGCGAGGCAGGGCCCCCUGGCAGGCGCCGGCCAGCUCUGGGGGAGCCCGGGGGACCCGCUGCCUUGGGGGCCUUCCUCUCACCUUGGGCUGAGCCGGGGACCCUGCAAUGACCGGGGGGCAGCAGCGCCCCCAGGUCCUCUCUGCACCCCCCGCCUCCUGCGUCAGCCUCUGGCCCCUGGCAGCACCUGCCCCCUAGCACCACACUGGGGGCAGUGCAGCCGGUGUGGGAAAACAUCCCCUACUGGCUGCAUGUCGGUGGAGUGGAGUCGGUUUGUACACCCUCCCGAGAGGUGGCUGCAUGUGGGGGCACUGGCGCAUGCCCCCCUCCCCGGCUGGCUGUGCAGCACGUGGAAAUCACUUGGCUCGAAGGGGGCAGGCAGGGGCGGGCCCUACAGCCUGAGCAGCCCAUCCCCCCGGGGAUGAGGGGCAGGGAAACCCGCCAGGCCCCUGACUGGGGGCUGCAGCCGAGCCAAGCACGUGCCAUGGGGGCCAGCCGGAGCCUGGCCGGGGCUGAGCGUUGGCGGAGACAAACCGUGCCAGGAGUUCCAGGGCCUUUCCCCUCCAGGACGCGCCCAGGCCAAUAGGGUAGGAUGAGCACUGAACACACCUAGCCUGCGACUGUUCACACCCCCACAGCGACACUGUCCAUACACCCCUGCGAUUGUUCACCCCCACAGCAACACUGUCCAUGCACCCCUGUGACUGGUCACACCCCCACAGCAAUACUGUCCAUGCACCCCUGUGACUGGUCACACCCCCACAGCAACACUGUCCAUGCACCCCUGCGACUGGUCAUACCCCCACAGCAACACUGAUCAUGCACCCCUGCGACUGUUCUCUCUGUCUCACACACACACACGGACUGUUCACACGUGUGCACACGCAGCCAUUGUUCACAUGCAGUGCAAUUGUUCACAUGCACCCCGCACUUUAGCUGUCCCCCAGCUCUCUGUCCCCCCUACCCUAUUCACGGGGACUGUCCAGCUGCCAGCCAAAGACCGUGCCCAGACUGUGCUCACACCAGGGCAGUGUGCCCCAUGACACCUAGGGCCACUGUCAAGCUGGUGGGGGAGCCCAGGCAUUAGUGCCAUGUCUCUGCCCUGCCCUGGGGAGCCUCCCUGGGAGCUGGCGCACGGGGCCAAAGUGGGACCUGCUGGGUGGCCAGGCCAGGGACAAGCCACACCCAGGGGUGAAAGUAACUUAAAGGGCUUACUGAGCAGGGGGCGUGGCCUCAAGUGGAAGAGGCGGAGCCUUUAGAUACCUGGGCCCUUUAAAUCACCCCCAGAGCCCUGCCGCUGCUACCCUGGGGCUCUGGCAGCAGGGCUCGGGAGGCAAUU